CCCACAACUUAACCGAUAGUCAAGUUAAAAAGAUAUUAGAACUAAACCCCCAAGCAAUCUUUUUAGCCUCUGGAACCCCUUCUUUACCUUACACCUUAACCGACCUUCAAAAAGAACUAAAAGAUAAAGGUUUUAAUCCUCUCUACACCGUUCCCUUUAAACAAGUAAAAGAUAAACAAAUGGCUUCUAGUAAAGAAAAUUUACCUACUCCUAAAAUUAUUUAUGUCUGCAAAACUAACCUAUUAGAAACAAGAGGAAGCAAAACUUCUCAAAUUAAACAGAAAGGAAUUGACCCUGACACCAUUGCUAUUUAUGCUGAUGUAGCAGUUGCCAAAGAGGAAAAGUAUGCGUUAGAUAUUGAGUUCACAAAGAAUUUAUUUAACAAAGGGAAAUCUAGUCCCAAAGAAAAUACUUAUGAGAAAUUUAUUAAGGAUAAUUACCAGCACAUUAUUUUCAAUAAGUCAUUAGCCGAAGCUUAUAUUGAUAAAACCAUUGGGAGUGAAGUGGCAGUAGAACAAAUAAUUGGAAGAGUAUUGCGACAGCCUAAUUGUCAGUAUUAUCAAAAUGAAGAAUUAAACAAAGCCUACUUUCAUAUUCGGGUGGAUGAAAAUAAAGUAUUUAGUAAAAUAAUUGAUGAACUAAAUGAAAAGUUAUCUAUCUCCAAAGAUGACAUUGAAAUAAAAGAUAAGUCGGGUGGGGUUGCUUAUUUAAAAGAUAUUCCUCCGAAACAGAAAAUAGUUAAUAAUAUUCCUAAUUAUGAAAAAGACAAGCCUUUGAAGUUUAGACAAAAUAUUGGUAAAGUCCGAAGAAUUGAAAAAGAUUUAGAGGCGGAUAAGGAGUUAAGGGAAAUAGGGGAAGAAUUGAUUAAUACUUAUAAAAAUGAAAGUUUAUUGCGAAUUAGUUUAGAAAAGCCUUAUGAAAUCAAAGGGAUUAAGGUGGAGAAGAAUGAAGCGAGGUGUGUGGAGUUUAAAAAUGCUUUACAUAGUAAAUAUAGUGGGUUGAAUAAUUUAGAGAAAAGAGUAGCGACAGAAUUAGAUAAUUUAGGAGUUGACUGGUGUAGAAAUCCGACCUAUUAUGGAUAUGGAAUAGAGUUGAUUGAUGAGCAUUUAGAAAGAGAUAAGUUGGAGAGGAAAUUAGUAAGAAUUGCUGAGCCAGGGGAGGAAAUGGUUGAAGAAAUGCCAAAAAAAGUGGUAGUGAUUAUUUUAGUUCAGUAUGGAGGAAGAGAUGGAAAAGAGGUUUAUUAUAAGUUAUGGUAUAGGAAAAGGAGAGGAGAGAUUGAUAAUAAGAAGGUGGAAAGUAUUAAUGAAGGUAAAGAGGAAAUAGAAAGAAUUACCAAACACUUCUCCGACCCCAACUGUAAAGAAAUAAAUGUUGGCUUAAUGCCAAAUGCUAGCGAAUUAGAUAGGGCUAAAUACGAUAUUUGCCAAAGCAUAAGUCGUUAUAAAAGAGUAAACAAACUUACUCCUAGUGAAUUAGCCAAAAAAAUCAAAGCCAACAAAGAAAAAACCGAUGACAUUUUAUUUGGUAGAAUUAGCAAUCUUAACUUUGAAGAAUUAGUAUCUUAUACUGAAAAACUAAACGGACAUCUCCAACUAAAAAUUAAUUAUGAAGGUAAAAAAAGAACUAACUUAGUAAUUAGUUAUCACUAUAAGAAAAGGAAUAUUGAGUAUUUAAGAAGCUGUAAGAAAAAAGGAAUUAAACCAGAUAAAAAUAGAUUAUUCAAUAAUCAGGUAAUUUGUGAUAUGGUUCAGCAAUUAGAUAAAAAAGAAUUAGAAAGUCGUGGAACUCACCCUAAUUGA